AUGGAGAACUCCCAGCUGGGCUGGAACGACUCCACAGAUGUUCUUCAAGGCAUCAUGGUCGAAAGAGAUGGACACGAUCUGUUGGAUACUAAUCCGUCACUCCCCUUCGACGCAUCCACAAACUCCCUACUAGAUAUCCAACUGGCAUCGCUGGAUUCCGCUCAGAACAGCCCCUCAUUUAUGAAUCCAUGGUCUUCGAACCCGCGGGAACUAUAUGGCCACCAAUACACCCACCACACACGUCUAACGAGUGGUCACGAUGUCUGGAACCCGUUGCUGAUCACCGGCGUGCCACCCACAUCCAUUUCGCACAUGAACAUGCCCCCCCAGAUACCGGAUCAGGAGUGCGGCUUCUCACAUCACUACUCCGAUCCCUCUGAUACUGGGAGUCAAUUCAUGGAUAACUAUCACUCCGCCGAUUCGGGCUAUGAGGGGACUAGCUGUGCAACCCAAUCGGUCGUUGCUUCCUCGUAUGGUGUGGAUUCGUUCAGUCCACGGACUGUCCCCAAGGACAAUAUCUCGGCCGAGCCUCGAACUUCCUUUGAUCAUCCACACUACGGGUCUGGCUCACCGUAUACAUCAGACUUUGUGGGCUCGCCGUCGCAGUCAAAUGAUGGGUCGAUGCGAUGCGAUCAUGCAUCGUGUCCAUGGAUUGGAAAGUGUCCUUCGGAUAAAAGAAAACAUGAGGCCCGCCACAAAAAGCAAUUUAAAUGCGACGUACCAAAUUGCGCGCGAAAGGAAGGAUUUGGCACAAUCAAUGACCUUGCCCGCCAUAAGAAGUGCGUUCACAACAAAGAACCAGAACGUGGACCCAAGAUGAUGUAUAUGUGUUUUGGAAGACACUGUCCGCGCCUGAACAAGGAGUGGCCACGGUUGGAUAACUUUAAACAACACUUGAAUCGGAUGCAUAGCGAAGAGGAUGGGGAGAUUCUUUUGAAAAAAUCCAUGGACUGGUACGAGAAAGUCAUUCGCCAACAACCACAACAAACUUUGGACGAGCAAAGCUCCAGAGAUGAGUCCGUCUUUGAAGCACAAGAAGACAUCGCAUCUGUCCAGUCCACCGGCGAAUCCGAACCGGAUCAUGCAUCUGUAUCUCAACAGAAGGCUGGUAUCUUCACAUUUGGUACUGGCUCGCCUCAAAUCGUUCAGCAGGGCGCGCCGUCGCUUUCAGGCAUCGAAUCUUCUCACUUCCCUGCUUUUGGCUCUCUGGGUCUCUCGGCGAACCAAGAUGCUUCAACUGAACGUGGGACAAAGCCAGAUGGACCAGUUGCAGACGCAGCUGAUAACCUAAUAAAUGCCAUGACGAAGGUGAUGAACAACCGCGGACGGAAGCCAAGUCAGACUAUCGAUGAGGGUAUCGACCUUGGAUCCGACAAUACUCAACUCUCCCCGUCACAACGGCAGAUGUUGCAGAAGGUGCUUUCGGUAGCCCUGGAAAGGUUAUCCGAUGAAAAUGAAGGCACACCCCAAGACUUUGAUAACGAGAAACGUGACUGGUUCCAAUGUGACGCAUGCUCCAAAAAGACAAGGCUACGCUGUGAAAUGAAAAAGCACCAGAAGCGUCAUGAACGACCGUACGGCUGUACAUUUCCGCAUUGUGCAAAGUCAUUUGGUAGCAAAGCUGACUGGAAGCGUCACGAGAGCUCCCAGCAUCUCCAUGUCCAAAGCUGGUUCUGCACGGAACACGUCGGGAACAGUACAUCGUGCGAGCAGCUAUUCUAUCGACUCGAAAAAUAUACCCAGCACCUGCGUCAGCAUGGAGUGGAAGAAUAUCAGGUUGCAGCAUCUGUUGGCAACAACAGGCUCGAUCUGGCAGACGGCUCGCACUUCUGGUGCGGGUUCUGUAACCAUAGGGUCACGCUAACCAAGCGUGGUCAAGCAGCCCGGGAUGAAAGGUUCAAUCAUAUUGAUAUUGAGCAUUUCAAGAAAGGGGAGAGAGGUCAGGAUUGGCGUUUUCCGUCUUCGUCGUUCGGGAUAGAAGAGAUGGCCCAGAGUGAGAAUGUGUUCCACACAUCCAAGAACACUAGUCGGAGGACUGCAACGGUCGAUCAGCGGAAGCGCAAAUAUGCUAUGGUAUGA